UUGACAGCCCCUAACAUAGCGGCACUUUUGCAUUCCAUGCAUAUAUCAAAUAAGUUUUCUUUUUGUUUGCGAAUUCUUUUAUUUGUAGUUCUGUACAUCACACAUCUGAUUAAUUGGGCCAUAAAUGUACAUCAUGCACAGCAAUCGCCUGGCGCCGCUGGGCUACGAUCGGGAAACGAAUACAACGAUGAUAAGCAGCACUCGGAGAAGAGUGCCGAUCUGCUUAAUGCGCUGCUAAUGCCUUGUGUGCUUAGUUUAUUGAUUAGCUUAAUACACUCGCAGAUUGUGGCAACAAAUACGUUGCCGAGCGGCAGCAACAAGAACAACUUGCGUCUCUUUUCCUUGUGCGCUUUUGGCGAGAAACCGAAUGCGCCUAGAGAGCAGCGAUUGCGGCGACGCAAAAGUUUGUACGCUGCACCAUUUGGGAUCAACGCGAUGCGAAGAAGGUUCAGAUGUUUGUACUUGAGAUAGCCUCCGGCAUUAUUGCGUGCAUCGAUUCGCUGGGCGUAACCAACGAUUACAUUUACAUAGGCCUCGUCUGUCAGCCACAUGAUGAGCAACAGCAAUGCGGCCAUGGACGAUGUCAACGUGGACGAGUGCUGUGAUUCGAUUACGCAGCUGACCAGCGCUUCGUUUCAUCUGCAGCAUCUGGUCAAGGGUCGGGUCAAGCGCGCCCCAACCCGGCCGCUGAUUAAUGCGCCGCUGGCGGGAUAUUGGUAAUGGGCUGGAGAACUUUUUCAGACCCGGCUCGGUCACGCCCACAACGCUGACCCUGUUGGUGUCGCUCACGUCCGAGGAUGUCAUUUGUGGACAGCCCGACGAUGAGUACAGACGGCAACGGGACAACGCCCAACAUGGAGGACCGUGGACCCAUCAAGUUGGAACGGCAGUCGCCAUUGCUCAAGACUCUUGAUGUAUAUGUGUACAUAUAUAUAUAUUUAUAACAUAUAUUUUUAUAUAUUUAUAACAAAAAAGAUAUGUACAUGCAAGUAUUUGUGUUUUGCAAUACAAUACAAUACAGUACAACCAGAACAAAUAUAUAUACAUAACAAAAUAUAUAUGUUCAUGCAUGAGUUAAUAAAUUAUAAACUCUGCAUCGUGACGAUGAGACUGACUAAGAUUACUAUAUUCGGAACUAUAUGUACUAGAAAAGUUGGGAAAAUAAAACAUGUUUAAAGCUACAUGACACAGGCGAAUUAAAAAUAAUGCUAAAAGUCACAUAAAGAACUACAUAAAUAUAUAUAUACACAUUAAUUGUGAUGUAAUUGCUGAAAAUAAAACUUUAAACUAUAUAAUUGUAAUUGCUAACACUCAAAGAAAUUGUCUUAUAUUUGAGUUGUAAUGGAAUGCGGAGAAAAUGAGCAUAAAGCUAACGCAACAUAUAUUGUAUUUUUUAUAAGUAUUAAGAAAAUUACUUUUACGUCACUUUCUAUAUUCGUCUUACAAAAUGUUAAUAGUUGAAACUGUUCGUAAUAGUAAUUUUAAGCUUGUACAAGUAUAUCAUGUAUACAUUUUUUCAAAGA